AUCAUAAGAAGUAUUUUGAAAUCCCAGCCCCUUAACUACGCACCUGUAUAUGAGUAUUUAAAACCGUGUGCAGGAUUCAGUCUGGGCUCUAGAACAGUUGAAGUGGAGCACUGCUCUGUCCUUUAGUUUUCACCUUGCUGUUUUUCAGGUCCACAGUGGUUACAAUGGACCAAGCAACAUCAGCAAUAUCCAACAUAUUUAGCGGUGAGACGCGCUUCUACACACGCUUCGAUGCAGCACAGAGCGAGGAAGGAGACCACAGCCAGGUGGAGAUGAAGAACUCCUCUGACACCGAGGAUGAGCUUGGGGUCUCUGUGGGUGAACACCCUCAGGACACCUAUGACUCCAGGCAGCGGUGCUCCCUGAAAUGUGCCUUUUUUCUGGCCUUCUGCACCCUCUUUGUCUUCGUUAUGGGAUAUCUGCUUGGCUAUGUGACCAGCCCUAAGCCAGCGGUUAUGGAACCAACCCGUUCUCCAGAGAUCGAUGACGAGAUGCUCUUUGAACCAGAACCCACUCUUGACUGGGUUGGUGUUCAGAAACUGCUGGGUCAAAAGCUGUCAGCUGCCAGUUUUGAAAACUGCUUAAGGGAGUUUUCCAGCCAAAGUCAUGAGGCAGGAUCCAAAGGGGAUGAGGAGCUUGCAGCCCAGAUACUUAGUGAAUUCCUGAACUUGGGUAUGAACCCUUGGACGGAUGAACACUACGUCAAGCUCCAGGUCCCCUCCAGUGUGAAACCAAACAAAGUCCUCUUUGGUACACAGGAGAUAGGUACACCUCAAGGAUAUCUGGCUUACAGCAGCACUGGCUUGAUAAAGGGUAGGGUGGUGUAUGCUCAUUAUAGCCAGCCAGAUGAUUUGGAAUUGUUGCUGAAUAUGAAAAUCAAGUUGACUGGAGCCAUUGUUCUUGCAAGAGCUGGAAAGAUAAGUUUUGCUGAGAAGGUUGCCAAUGCUGCCAGAUUUGGAGCAGCUGCUGUGCUGAUAUACCCUGACCCUGUUGAUGUUGUUUGCAAUAGUGACUGCGAGCUCUUUGGUCAUGUCCACCUUGGUUCUGGUGAUCCCUACACUCCAGGAUUUCCCUCUUUCAAUCACACCCAGUUCCCUCCAGCUCAGUCCUCAAGCUUGCCUGACAUCCUUGCUCAGACAAUCACCCCUGCCAUGGCUGCUCAGCUCUUUGGGAAAAUGGGUGGCCCUAGUGUUCCUCGGUCUUGGGUCGAGACCGGGUUGAACAGAGUUUCUCCAAUCAAGCUGGGUUCAGAGAAAGAUGUGAUUACAGUAGAAGUCAACAAUGUCCUUGUGGAGAAAAGGAUCCAUAAUGUGUUUGGUGUCAUCAAGGGCUUCAUGGAUCCUGAUCGCUACGUUGUCAUAGGGGCUCAGAGGGACUCUUGGGGUCCAGGUUAUGCAAAGUCAACUGUGGGCACAUGUGUGCUAAUGGAGCUUGCCAGGGCCAUCACAGAAAUGUUAAAGAGAGAUGAUUUCAGACCCAGAAGGAGUAUCAUUUUUGCCAGUUGGAGUGCUGGAGAAUAUGGGAGUGUUGGUGCUACUGAGUGGUUGGAGGGCUAUUUGUCUUCUCUGAGUAUGAAGGCUUUUGUUUAUAUCAGUCUGGAUGGAGUUGUUACUGGUUCCCAAACCUUUAAAGCUGCAGCAAGUCCCUUGUUGUAUAAACUGAUCCGAGAAACAAUGAUGGAGGUGAAAAGUACAGUUUUUUCCAAUGACACCAGCAAGACUCUUUAUGAUGAGUUUGCUGGAUCAAACUGGGAGCAGUCUGUCAUAGUGCCCAUGAAAAUGGAUGACUCUGCAUAUCCAUUCCUGACUUUUUCUGGCAUCCCUUCGGUCUCAUUUAGUUUCACUUCACUGAAGCAUGGAAGUAAUUACCCAUACUUCUGUACGCUGCUGGACGAUAAGGACCAUUUGGACUUUGCCACAAGGCAUCUCACAGCAGAUGUGGCAGUUGCUGCAACGCGGUUGGCUGGCCACAUGGCCCUCCGCUUGGUGCAUGACUACCUACUGAGGCUGGAUGUGGACAAGUAUAAGUCCCUUCUCCGCAGCCAUGUGUCCCAGAUCAUGCAUCUUAGCACUCAGCUGAAGCAGUCAGGACUGGUGACCGCAGAUCAACCUGAGGUGCUGUCCACCCAGUGGAUCACAUCAGCUUUUGGCUCGUUCAGCCGUGCCGCCAGCUCUCUCACUACCACGAUCCAGAACAGCGACCUGAGUGACACAGAGCUGUGCCGCAUUAUCAAUGACCGCAUCAUGAGGGUGGAACACAAUUUCCUUUCACCCUAUGUGUCUCCUAAAGAUGUCCCAUUCCGUCAUAUUUUCUUUGGUACUGGAACCCACACUCUGCAGGCUCUGGCUGACCAUCUGGAAGCCUUGAGGAAGCGCACACUAGAUUCCGAUUGGAACCUCUUUCGAAACCAGUUUGCUCUCAUCACCUGGACCGUGCAGGGUUGUGCCAACAACCUGGUCGGCAAUGUGUGGGAUUUGGACAACGAAAUCUAAUUCGCCCAUUCAUUCUUAGUUUCAGUAGGGGUUUAAUGUCACCAAUUUCUAGGUGCGAGGGGAGAAAAGAGAUUAUAUGGUUAUUUAAUAAGUCCUAAAACCUUUUCCCGUUAAAAUAUUUUCAUCUGCGAAGUUCCCUAGUUGAUAAAAUUAGCAUCCUAACACUUACAAAUUUGACUUGCUGCUUGCUUUAAAUGAGAGGGAGAGAACAACAGAUAAAUUUGUCAUCUCUUGGCAAGAACAGUAGAACUUGUCAUGGUUGGAGAAGUCAUUUGGAAUAGCACGCCUUCUUUGAAAGUACAUGCCAUUGACUUUCCUCCUUUCAAAAUAAAAAAGGAAAUUUAGAUAGGCUUUACAAAAGUGUGGGGGUUACAGACACAUGAUGUCUUUCUGAAAAGAUUUUAACGAUAUCCACUUUUCAUCUAAUCUGAAGUCAUAGUGCUUCCCUGAACCACACUGUAUUAUGUAAAGUGUUGCAGUGUUGCUAGUAGCACUGCUUGUUAUUCAUGCCAGAUGCAGAUACUACAAAUGCAAACCAUUGAAUUCAAGUUACUCAUGUUGCGCUUGUAUUGCAGAAGAUUCAGUCAAACCUUGCUGCUUUACUUUUAUGUCCGGUGACAUGCAUCUUGUGAAUGAAGCACAUUAGGUUCACAUGUCUACACAAGUAUUUUGGGAAGAUAAAAAGAAUAUGAUUUGUUGGAGAUAUUUAAAAGCCAUACCUUACUGAAACUGACUUCAAACUGCAGAAUUUAUUCUCUUGCAAAUUUCUGUCUGCAAGUGUUCUUAGUGUUCUGUGAUUUGACUGAAAUAGAAACGGUUCGUUGUAAAAAUUUAUUUUCUUUAUAAAAUACAUUGAAUUAGUGCCUGAGCUAAAGUACUGCUGAUGGUGUUGGAUGUGUACUUAUUCACUAGAAUCCAUAUAUCAGGAAAGGAAGAAUGUGGCUUUAGCAUUUCAGUUUGUCACUUUACAUGUUUAUUAGUGACAGGGUUCACUGUAAAUGCUUUUUUUAAAACUUAUUUUUCUCAUGAAAUUAUCAGAAGCAACGCCUUCCAUAAUUGUGAUGGUUAUACUGUCUGUUUAUGAAGCAGCAUCUGCUAAAAUGUUUUACAAACAGUGAUUAUGGGGGUCAGGGAUGUGUUCCCCAGCAGAUGUUGGCUUCUUUGCUGUGCUUGGUCAAAAACUUGGCGGUUAUACAUGGUGUCAAUAUUUCUAGAACAAGCGUUUUUGAUAUAUUUUAUAUGUCUUGUCUUAAGACAUUAUCAGGGGCAGGGUCCUCCAUAAUGUGAUGCUUUGAUGGUAGCUUUUUCCUACCGGCAUGUACAUAUUGAGGGCAGUGACUCAUAUUUCGCUGUUUGGUGCACUUAAUUAUCGGGAGGAAUGUUUCCCAUAAUAACACUAUUUAUUGUUUGCAUUUACAGACUUGUGAUUCAUGACAUUUCUGAUGCAUCAUUUUUGACACAGAGCUCUUGUGUGCAGAAUGGGGGGGGUUGGGUGCCAUUGGGGUGAUCUCAGAAGCUGUAAUGACUUAAGUAGUACCACAGUUUUGUGAGGUUUUUGCUUUUCUCCCAAAAGCUUCAGGCCAAGGCUGCUUUUAUGAGAGGUUGUUUACCUGUCAACUUCCACAACAAACUUAAAGCCUAUUUAUGCUGAUGUCUUCAUUUUAAACAUUACCUCUGGAAUUAUCCUGUAAGGGGAAGGGGAAAGCAGUGUGGAGCUACCAGAUUGGUGGUGUGGUACGGUUGGAAACAUUGUAUUUUGCUUUUUGAAUUAAGAAUUGGGGACGAACAGUUUCACCAUUUUAUUCUUGACCAUCCUCAAGAAUAGUAUAAAAAUGUAUUUUUGGGACAUUUUCAAUAUUGUAUGCAACUGAUAAAACCUAAAUAUGCAAUGACUUACUUUGACUUUGUAACCUCUGUGGAAACAGGUGAAGCUGCUCAUGAAAGGUUGCAGCUCCAGUAAGAUUUCAAGCUGUUGGGAGCAAUAGCAUGGAAAUUGUAAACUGAAUCUUAGCAUGUAAGAGUUUGAAAAGUGCUUUGUAACCAGAUGCAAAUUGUCUGCGCUUUGAGAACAUGUUGGACACAUUCCCCCCUUUUUCUGCAAUAAACCUUUCCAAACCAGUCAUCCUCUGGUCUGUUGCUCAGUAGAAUGUCUAAUACUACAUUUCCCAUUCUUAGCUCAUCAGUGUCUAU